UAAUGUCCCCGUCGUCGGGUGCGACUAGUAGUCUCCUCUUCCCCUCUCAACUUUCCUUCUCGUUGCGUCUCGAUUGAGAUGAUGAGUUCUCGGAUGGCCGGGUCGACGCUGCUCAGGCACCUCGGGCCCCGCCUCUUCUCCGGCGCCUCCGCGAUCCGCGGCGCCGCUGCUGCUGGAGGGCCGGCGUGCUCGUCACUCCUUUCCCGGGCCACUGCGUCGGAGCCCGCCCCGUUGCACCAGCGCCUCUUCCCCGUCCGGAUGGCCGGCACCACGGCGACUCCGGCUGUUGGUGGAGACCGAGGGCAGGGCGAGGCGAAGCCUUCCGCCGCCGCGAAUGAUGCGACCGCGAGCUAUUGGGGCGUCCAGCCCUCCAAGAUCACCAACGUGGACGGCACCCCCUGGAGAUGGUCUUGCUUCAUGCCAUGGGAGACGUACAAGGCGGAUGUCUCGAUUGAUCUGAAGAAGCACCACGUUCCCGCGACCCUCCUCGACAAGAUCGCGUACUGGAUGGUGAAAGCCCUCCGAGUCCCCACGGAUAUCUUCUUCCAGAGGAGGUAUGGUUGCCGCGCGAUGAUGUUGGAGACGGUGGCGGCUGUGCCGGGUAUGGUCGGCGGCAUGCUGCUCCACCUCCGCUCCCUUCGCCGCUUCGAGCAGAGCGGCGGGUGGAUCCGCGCGCUGCUGGAGGAGGCGGAGAACGAGCGGAUGCACCUGAUGACCUUCAUGGAGGUGGCGCAGCCGCGGUGGUACGAGCGCGCCAUCGUCCUCGCGGUGCAGGGCGUCUUCUUCAACGCCUACUUCCUGGGCUACCUCGUCUCCCCGAAGUUCGCCCAUCGCGUGACCGGCUACCUGGAGGAGGAGGCCAUCCACUCCUACACCGAGUACCUAAGGGACCUGGAGGCCGGCAAGAUCGACAACAUCCCCGCCCCCUCCAUCGCCAUCGACUACUGGCGUCUCCCCGCCGACGCCACUCUCAAGGAUGUGGUCGUGGUCGUCCGCGCGGACGAGGCGCACCAUCGUGACGUCAAUCACUUCGCUUCGGACAUCCAUUACCAGGGAUUGGAACUCAAAGAUUCACCGGCACCGCUCGGUUACCACUAAAUUGCUGCUCGUUGUCGACAGGUAGAUAGUUCGCCGGCGGAAUACGGGCCAUAAAUAAGUCUGAUGGCAUCGAUUGCUAUGUAGAUGAUCCUUGCACGAGGAACAAGGAUUGCUAUCUUCAUGUUAGACCACAACUCUGAAGCAUCCUAUUCGAUCAUGUGUAUUACUCGCUAUCUUGUGAUAGGGUAAGCUUUUGCUUAGUAGUUGGCUGUGAUUUGAACAGUGUGUUUAAGAAGCUGAAACAUUGGUCGAGGAGGUACAGACUCCUCUAAUAUCACUAGCGAUCUGUGCUGGGAGUUGCUUCCAAGUUAGCAGAGGCGUGUUCAUGUCGAGGGACAGACUGUCUGUUACUGUAUGAAUUGAAGGAGGAAAGGUGCUGUUGCUCGGCUUUGUUGGUUUC